AUGAAACUCCCUCUGGUUCUGUUGCUUCUCCUGCUGGGGACGGCCUCCGCUCUCAGACUCAGCCACAAGGCCCCGGAGCCCGAAGUUCCUGCCGGAGAGGGUGUCGAGACCUCUGGGGAUGACGGCUCUUGUGAGGAAGAGGAGGACAAGGAGACGGCCCCCGAGUCCGUGGCUGAGGACGACAUCCAAUGUCCCAAGGAAGAGGACGUAAUCCGCCUGACAGGGAGCCCAGGGUGCAAGACCUGCCGCUUCGUAGUGGUCAGGAAAUUGCUCCCGUUUAACCAAGCUAAGAAUGUCUGCAGGAGUUGCUACAGGGGGACUCUGGCGUCCAUCCACAGCUACGGGUUCAACUAUCGGAUUCAGAGGUCGGUCCAGUGCCUCAACCAGGGCCAGGUCUGGAUUGGAGGACGAAGAGUUGGCUGGGGAAGAUGCCUGAAUUUUCGCUGGCUUGAUGGGAGUUCCUGGAAUUACACUUACUGGGCAGCGUGCCAACCUAGAAGGGGCCGAGGUCGUUGUUUGACGCUGUGCACAAGAGGCGGACACUGGCGUCAGGCCCACUGUUCUCGGUGUCUCCCCUCCAUCUGCUCCUAUUGAUCCAGCCCCACCUGGGAUUCGCAGCCCC